UAUUUUGGUUUGUAUAUCACUAACACCCCUUAUUCUAUCCUUUGUCCACUAUCUCCCUUAUCUAGGUUCCAGGCAUGUGUGUAUUUUGCAGUUGUUUUUCAGACCAUCUCCUGUGGAAUUCACUAUUUGGCGUCAGUGUUCCUGGCUGCGACUUCCAAGUUUGUCUGCAUUGCACCAGAAAACAUCAUCGCUGCCAUGGUUGAAAAUUACAGGGGCUCAGGAUUGGAGGACAUCUGGAGUCACUGGAACCCGGGAAAAGGCUUCAUCCUUGUGGAGCCGGAGAGCGGUGAGCUGUGGGAGCUUAAUAAGUGCAGCCGGUCCAGGCGGACAGACAGUUUUCACUUUGACUACUCAUCCAGUGGUAAUAAGAGCGAGUUUCCCUGUUCAGAAUGGUUUGUCUACGAUCGCACCAACAUCCAGCAAAGUAUUGUAACAGACUGGAACCUGGUCUGUGACAAGGAAUGGCUAGCAAAGCUCACCCAGCCCUCCUUCAUGUUUGGAGUCCUCAUCAGAGGACUCAUAUUUGGAGACAUUGCCGACAGAGUAGGCAGGCGUACAGUCAUGAUGUUUACAAGCAUAUUCCAGUUUGUAUUUGGAAUUGUAGUUGCCUUUACUGUCAACUACUACGUCUUCAUUGUCAUUCGUUUCAUGCUGGCCAUGGUGUCCAGCGGAUACCUGGUGGUAGUGUUUGUGUAUGUGACAGAAUUCACUGGGAUAAGAGCUCGGACCUGGACCUCCAUGCACGUCCACGUUGCCUUUGCGGUAGGGAUCAUGGUGGUGGCGUUAGUUGGAUACCUGGUGCGGGUCUGGUGGAUCUAUCAGAUCAUUUUGUCCAUUUCUACAUUUCCCUUCCUUCUUGUGUGCUGGAAGCUGCCAGAGACCCCAUUCUAUCUGUUGGCCAAGGGCAGAUACAAGGAAGCCCAGGACCUCAUUGACAAGGUGGCUGAGUUCAAUGGUAUUGCCAACCCUUGUAGGGUUUCCGACCUACUGCAGCCUGAGGAGAUGGACCUGCUGGAGCAAGACCAGGACUCAGCGCCAGAGAAGAAACUCAGCAUCCUGGAUCUGUUUGGUACCUGGGAAAUGGCUGGCAGGACUAUCACUCUGUGGCUGGUGUGGUUUAUCGGAAGCUUAGGAUACUACGUUUUCUCACUGGGCUCCAUCAAUCUGGGCGGAAACCAGUACCUAAACCCGUUUCUUGCAGGAGCGGUGGAGAUUCCUUCCUACAUCGUCGGGUCCUUUGCAAUGGAUAAACUGGGAAGGAGAAACACUCUGGCCCCCUUCCUUAUUCUCAGUGGAAUAGCGUGUGCCCUUACUAUCAUUGUGAGGCAGAACAUUGCAAUUUUGGCUAUCAUUCUGAGCAUGACAGGGAAGUUUGAGAUUGCUAUAGCCUUUGGACUCAUCUACCUGUACACAUGUGAGUUGUAUCCAACUGUCAUAAGGUCUCUUGCUGUUGGCAGUGGUAGUAUGCUGUGCCGUGUUGGAAGUGUAGUUGCACCCUUCUGCGUGUAUUUAGCAUCUGUUUGGACCUUCUUACCACAGGUGAUCGUUGGUGUCUUGGCCAUCCUGAUUGGGGUGCUGACUCUACUGCUUCCAGAAACCCUGGGGAAACCACUGACAAGCACGCUGGAGGAGGCGGAAGCACUCGGAUCCAAGAAAAAGCCUGAAUGCACACCAGCGAACAGCACGUUGGGAGAGAAAAUCGAAAUGAAUCCAAAAGUCUGAGCUUCCAGGACUUGCAAUAUAAAUGUGCCAAAAGAUGGGCUUUGGUGUUUUCGUAUAUAUAAAUGUAUAUAUAUAUAUUUUUUUUUAAAUCCAUGCAAGUAUAAUAGCAGCAGAGAUCUACGUUUUGAGGCCAUAUGACUUGAGUAGAACAACCAAGGUGCAUUCCAUAGACUUUAUACUGUCGUCUGCACCGUCUUUUUACAUCAAGACACGCGGGACCGAGCAGCUACAUCUAACUGCACUGCAAUACUUUCCCAAUGUCCUCACUCCCUGAGAAGAGUGUUAUUGUAACAAAACUUGCAUUAUGAAUUUGCAAAAAGUGCUUAGGAAUGGGAUGUCUGUCUCCAUGGCGCACUAAUAUAGCUAAGCCAUGGAAGUACUGUAUCGGCAGGUUUCAAUAUUUCAGUAUUUUUCAGAUGAAUGGUGGGGAAUUACAGACAUGCCCUACAUGUAGUGACACAGAGCUAGAGCCAUAUGGAACAGUCAUUCUUGAGCUCUGUGAGUGAAGUGCUGCUUUCUGCAGCAUCACAGCCUGUGCCAAUGUACUGUUUCUGCAACAAUAGUAAUACAUUUUGUAACCCUGGAGCAGCCACACAAAAAAUUAGUCGUAAGAAAACAUGUUAUUAAAUAUGUAGGAAUACAUAUGUACAGAACUAACUAAAAAAAAAACAUGCAGUUGCUGGAAGGAGCAGUUCAGUUAUUGUUGUUGGUAAAUUCUUGAUAUAGGAACUUCCUGCAUGUCAAUUUUGUGAACACUACAAUAAAUGGCAACUACCUUUUUUGGUUAAUGCAAUGAAGAAAGUCACUCAGACCCAGCUGGCUUUUUCCCUUACCUGUUCUGGGUAAGCGUGGAGCUUAAUUGUGGCACCCCAUCUGACCCUGGUCCAUAGAUCUUAUGAACAGAUCAUGAAGGUGUGAUAUGGUUCUUAAUAUUACUUGGAACUUCCAUAAGAGUAUGAGCUACAGUAUAGAAUUGUAUAGAUGCAAGGCACUGCAGGUUCUUUGUAAAAUCUAGUGCUACAGAACCCUCUGCAGAAACACGCUACCUUUGCUGUGUUCUGUGUUGUCUCUAUCGCAGUAUUCUUUUCCCAAUAGCAUUGAUAUUGCUUUAUUCACACAUCAUAGGUAAAUAAAUGUUUGAUGUUUGAAAAAAAUCUCUCUCCUGCUAAACACUUCCGAGUACGUUUAAAAAGAAAUAAAUAGUAAUCCUGGCCCAAGUAAAUGUUAAUGUUGAUAAAUAUGUUGCAUGGUUGAUUAUUAUGACCAAUAUGUUUGAAAAUAUAAUGAUAUGAUAUAAGAUAACAAAGCACACAGCAAAGGUAACAAAUGUAUUUUUUGUAAACUGUGCAAGGUGUUCAGUAACACUUUAAUGACACUGAGACAGAUCAAUAACCUGUUCUCUUUUUUUCCAAGCAGUCAGAAACUGAAGCCACUUUCAAAACAUGGGUCUUAUCAAGUUAUUUGCACUUAAAGCUUGAGUUUAAUAAUUGUUUACACUGCUGACAUUGACUGUGAGGUGUGUGAGGCUGAUUGCAGAUGUAGGACACUCUAGUCUCAUGGUGCGCAUUCAGACUGGGAACCUACAGUUAUUGUGCAUGCAUUCACCACAGACAUUUCUUAUGUUUUUUGUACUUUUGACAUAAGCGACCAGGAACGAAAAAAGCCCAAAAUAUCUGAAAAUGCAACAAAGCAAAAUGGUAAGCGAGAGUAACAAUUUCUCUGGCAAUAAUACUAUUAAUAAUAUUAAGGCUGGACUUAAAUGGUUGUGAAAAGACAUUGUUGGAUAUUUUAUUCAGGUGGAAAAUAAGGAAAGCAAGUGUCUACAUGUUGAACGACUAGACAUUAUGUUCAAAGUAACAUUACAGUUCAAAUGUAUGGCUGUAGUUAAUGCACACCCCAUAAGUUAGCAUUAAAGUAUGUACAGUAUUUAUUGACGGUACUCAUGGCUUUAAGGUAAACGAGGCAUUAUACUCAUCCAAAAUACAUUUUACUCACAUAGGGGUAGAUGUACUAAAACGUUGCGGCUGUCACAAUAGUUGCAAACAGGUCGGCAGUCUAGGGUGAAAUGUAUUGAACAAGCUCAAUGCUGGUAGCGAAUCUUUAGGGAAUGCUUUGCGGCAGCAGCUUUUCUUUGAGGUUCAACCUUACAUGGAAAUGUAAUUAUGGGCAUUCAUGCGUAAAUUUGCAAAAAGGGGCGGAGAAAGUGCAAGUGAGGGUUCUCAAAUAUUAUAAUGAGAUGUGCUAAAUUGCGACUCUUACAAUUGCAUCACUUUGUUAAGAACUUUUGAAAGUAUGUUUUAAACAGUCGUAAUUGUUGGUGGCAUUUCCCAGCCCGCUUUUUCUUGCGCGUUGACAGUGAGGCUAACACCAAAAUACCAAUUUUUCCCUAAAAGCUGGAUGUACUUACAAGCCUUGAAAAUACAUGUCUUGUUUCCCCAACGUGCCACUAACUCCUCCAGCUCAUUCUGAACAGGAAUAGGAAACACACCUAUUCUAUUAAUGUACAGGUGGUUUGUAAUUGUGCAUAAUAUAGCACUGUACCACUGACUAGCUUAAAUAAAACCUGACACUAUACAUUUGGUUUAUAGACUACUCAUGAUAAUAUGAAUUAGUGGUAUAAUGUAAAAUGUGUUGCUGGUCCCUUGGC